AAUCAUUCCCGCAGUAGCGGCGAUAGGAAACGCAACUGAUAAAUAUGACUUCUGUAACUGAUCCAAGCACCAUUGGGAGGCCUGCAAUGCGCCCCCGGUCCCUGACAGGGUAUCUUCCUGAAAGGGAUGCAUCUGGAAAGGAAAAAUGGCCAAGAGGUGACGAGAAAACUUGGAAAGAUGGGCUGCGAAAACUCGACACCGACGUUCCCUCUAUCACGAAGUCCUUUGUGAAUCAUGCACAAACCUCUUUGGGUCGUCAGGCUCACAACUUGGAUUACCUAGGAGCCUAUCAAGCUGCAGCCUUGUCAGUUCGAGAUAACUUAAUUAUUAACUGGAAUGAUACACAACUGCACUAUACUCGCAAGACCGGAAAACGUGCCUAUUAUCUUUCUCUCGAAUUCCUCAUGGGCCGAGCACUUGACAACGCUCUACUCAAUCUUGGUCUAAAGGAAAAAUACACCGCGGGUAUCGAUAAACUUGGUUUCAGCUUGGAAGGUAUCCUUGAAGAAGAACGCGACGCUGGUCUUGGAAAUGGCGGUCUUGGCCGACUUGCAGCAUGCUACCUCGACUCGUCCGCGUCGCAAGAGCUUCCGGUGUGGGGCUAUGGCCUGCGUUAUAAAUAUGGUAUCUUCAAACAACUCAUCUCGCCCGAGGGGCAGCAACUGGAAGCGCCUGAUCCAUGGUUGGAACAUUCCAACCCUUGGGAGUUACCCCGUCUAGAUGUUACGUACGAGGUCAGAUUCUAUGGGAACUCGGACAGAUUCACUGAUGGCAGUGGUCGUGCAGUAUGGGCAGGCGGACAAGAGGUUGUUGCAGUUGCGUUUGACUGCAUGAUUCCCGGUUGUGAUACUAGGACCACGAAUAACCUCAGGUUAUGGGAGAGUACACCAAAGAGAGGGUUCGAUCUCAAUAGUUUCAAUGCUGGCGAUUAUGUACGUGCGGUGGAGUCCUCCAACAGUGCCGAAGCGAUAACUUCAGUUCUAUAUCCUGACGAUCAUACCACUUUCGGCAAAGAACUGCGUUUGAAGCAACAGUACUUCUGGACAGCUGCCAGUUUGGCGGACAUCAUCCGUCGAUUCAAGAACACAGGCAAGAGCAUCUCAGAAUUCCCUGAUUAUGUUGCUAUUCAGUUGAAUGAUACUCACCCAACCCUUGCAAUUCCCGAACUCAUGCGUAUACUGAUCGAUGAGGAGGAUGUCACUUGGGAUGCAGCUUGGAAUAUUGUUACCAACACGUUCUUUUUUACUAAUCAUACUGUGCUGCCUGAAGCACUCGAGAAAUGGCCGGUUCCUCUGAUGGAACAUUUAUUACCGAGGCUAUUUUUACAAUCCGUGGAAAGGAAAUUCCCUGGGGACAGGGAAAGAUUGGCGAGAAUGUCUUUGAUAGAAGAGGGAGUACCUCAGAAUAUACGAAUGGCGCAUCUGGCAUGCAUAGGAAGUCACAAAGUGAACGGUGUUGCCGAGCUACACAGCGAGCUUGUCAGGACUACCAUAUUGAAGGACUUUGUAGAAUACUUUGGGAUUAGCAAAUUUGGCAACGUUACGAAUGGAAUUACUCCCCGGAGGUGGCUCGAUCAGUGUAAUCCAACACUCAGCGACCUCAUCACAGACACCCUCAAACUUCCCAAAACGGUCUGGUUGAAAGAUCUCUAUAAGCUCAAAGGUCUUCUUGAUCAUGUCGAAGAUGAGAAUUUCAGGCUGGAGUGGGCUACGAUAAAACACGCUAACAAAGCAAGGCUAGCACGCUAUGUCCGGGCCAACUUGGGGUUUACUGUGAAUAAAGAUGCUAUGUUCGAUGUGCAGAUCAAGCGAUUACACGAGUACAAGCGUCAAACUAUGAACAUUCUUGGGGUCAUCCAUCGCUAUCUCUCGCUCAAAAAGAUGACAGCUGAGGAAAGAAAGACGGUGACUCCUCGUAACGUAUUUUUUGCUGGAAAAGCAGCACCAGGAUAUUACAUCGCAAAGUUGACCAUCCGGCUGAUUGUCAAUGUCGCUCAUGUUGUCAAUGCUGAUCCAGACACGAAAGAUCUCUUGAAUGUGUUCUUUUUACCUGAUUAUUCUGUUAGCCUUGCAGAGCUUUUGAUUCCAGCAUCGGACAUCAGUCAGCACAUUUCCACUGCUGGCACGGAGGCAUCUGGGACUUCAAAUAUGAAGUUUUGUUUGAAUGGAGGAUUACUGGUGGGGACUGUUGAUGGCGCCAAUAUCGAAAUCGCUGAAGAAGUUGGAGAACAAAAUGUUUUCUUUUUUGGUCAUUUGAGUUCAAGCGUUGAAGAUAUCCGCUUCCAGCAUAUCCACCACCCUGUCGCGGUCGAGGAGAAGUCGCCCGCAUUAGCGAAUGUACUUGACCAGGUUUCGUCUGGACUCUUUGGUGAUGGUAGUAUUUACAACCCGUUACUCGAUACCAUCCGUCACGGUGAUCACUACCUCGUAACUGAUGACUUUGAUUCAUAUAUCCAGGCUCUCAGGUUGGUUGAAGAAGCCUAUAAAGAUCAAACAGAAUGGGUCAAGAAGAGCAUCAGAACUACAGCUAAGAUGGGCAAAUUCAGCUCCGAUAGGGCCAUCCAGGAUUACGCACAAGAGUAUUGGAACAUCGAGAGUACGAAGGUUCAGUAAUUAUUCAAUUUUCCACGGGAAGUGUACGAUCGAAAUAGCGAGGGGAUAGCAGAGGCGAUCUGACGAAAGGUAUGAUGGUGGUUGGGUUAUCGUGGUAUCGGUAUGAAAAUCUCAUGUGCAAAAAAAAUGGCCAUGAAGUUAUAAAAAAUUAAGGAGCAAUAUGAAUGCAUACGUGGUGAAUGUAAAAAAUGAAAUGAUGGUAAUGUUAACGAAUAUAAACCUAAGCUCAUCUGAAGCUUAGUCGACAAAAGAAAUAAGUACUAGCUUGAGGAUGUGCAUCCAACUGAAAUAGAUCAAAGGGUAUACAACGAAGUGCAUUUCAGCUAUAGUGAAGAAGUCUGCUCAGAAGCAUCUUCGGGGGCUGCAUUCGCUUCAGACUCCGUCUUUGCAACAGGUGAUUCGACCUCAUCUGCCGGAGCUGAAUGUGAUUCCACAACGUCCUCCUCUGAAGUCGCAGGCGCUUCAGAAACAUCUUCAACUGGUGCAUUUUCCAGAGUCUGAUCAUUGUCC